AUGACUGGUUUCCUGGUCUGGCUGUCUCUGCUCUCGGUGGGUUAAUUAAGUCAUUAACGAGCUUUUCGCUUAUUCAGAUCCAAUGGGCGUUCGCUGAAAAUGCGCUGAAUUCCGUGGAAGGUAAAUUUUUCAACUGAUAAAAAAUGUAGUUUCUGUUUGACAAAUUUUUGGUUGUAAAUUUCACGAGCUAGUCACUAAAUAAUUUCAGGCGAACCACUUGUCCAAUGUGGCCCAGAUUCGAUUGAGAUCCAAGCAAAAACAAAAUUCCCCUUCACUGGCACAGUUUAUGUCAAGAAUUGGCGUAAAUCAGUAGGGUGUUACAAACGCUUUGAGAACAACGCAACUUUGUCCCCAAGCUAUUCCCUGUCAAUUUCUGAAGUCGGAAAAUGCGGUCUGGAAACCAGGAGAGCAGUACGUUAUCUUGAUGAUGGUUAAUCCAACUAAAUUUAUGUUUUUUCCCACAACUUUUUUUCUACAUUUCAUUUUUGUGUUGUGUUACCUUCCCAUAAGAGCUGAUCUUUGUCUGUCGCAUGUUAAAUGUGUUUCAGGGGGACAAGACGAUGGAGAUAUUUGCGAUCGUCGUUUUCGGAUUCCAUCCCAACUUUAUGACGCAGAAUGACCGCUCGUUCGCGGUUCACUGCGUGUUUACACAGCAAAACAAGGAUGUACAUAGCAAAAUCAGCUUGAUCAGGUGGGAAAUUUUUGUUGAAAAAAGGUCAAAAGGCCAUUUUGAGUUUGGACCGAUAUGCCGACAUUAUUUUUGACAUCAAAGUCACCAAGCGUUUUUUUUUGCAAAUUUUAAAAAUCUUAUCAAUUCGAUCCGUUUGGUCAUUCAAAUAAAGCCAGUAGCAUCUUUGAUCAAACCACCUGUUCACAUAAAAAAAUCACGUUUCAGAGACAUUCCAUCCAAGGGCGUAGCAAGUGGUGUUGCGCAAUUACCCAUGCCAAGGUUAAAAGUGAUCAGCGGAAGGGUUCCGGAUGAAAAUUUGGAGGCAGCCAAGGUUGUCACCGUCGGAGAAGCCCUUAUUUUUGUAUGGUAUUUUGCGGAUCCAUCAGGUGGGAUAUAAAUUAUAUUGCACAUGGCUUUAGCUGUCAAAACCUAACAAAUUUGUCUAUCAAAGAUUAGAUAGCAUGUUCUAAAAUUUGUAAUUUUAGAUAUUUUUUAGAUAUUUACGGCUUCACUGUUCGAGAAUGCACCGCCGAAACCUUGGAUGGUCGAAAAAUGGAGAUCAUCACGUCAGGGUGCACCAUUGACGAGGUCUUAAUAUCCGACAUAAAACACUCCGAACAUAAUGAUAAAGCCUUUGCUGAUGGCAUGGCAUUUAAAUUCCCGGAUUCGGAGGAUAUGUGGAUCAAAUGCAAAUUGGAUUUAUGCCUUCAAAAUCAUGAACAUUUUAAUGUCACCGAAGAAUUUAAAUCGAGUAUUUGCAGUCCCCAAAGUGUAAGCUAAAGCAAAAAAGUGGCAAAAACAAUCUGAAAUUCGAUUUACCACGUUUUAAUUAAUUUCAGAGCUGUCACAGUCGAGAAAAACGAUCAGCCGAUAAGAGAUCACUCAAUGAUGAUAAUAUUCUAUCAGUGAAUCAGAAAAUACGCGUCGUAGAUAAAGAUGUAGAUCCAGAAAGUCAUGGUAAGAAAUUUUAAACACAACAUUACAUCCAAUUAAAGCCUCUUUACAUCAAUUCUAAAAAUAUUGAACAUGGUGAAUAUAAUUUUUCUCUCAAUAUCAAAUAUUUUUAAAUUUCAGAGCCUUCGCUGACCUCGGCAUUUACCUGGGACUCUAAAUGGUGUUUUAUGAAAAACCUGUUCUCCGUUUUCUCGGUCUUAUUGGUCAUUCUCUACUCUUGCACCGUAAUUUCUCUCAUUUUCUUUUACGUCAGUGCCCGAAGGAAUCUGAAAAGACUUCCAGAAACUUGCUCAAGUCUCCAUUGA